AUGGCAGAAUCUAAAGUGGUUGAAUCGUCCCCGGACAGCGACGGCGCUGGUACCAUAACAGACAUCGAGAUUAACGAGAAAUCCCUUUUGAGGAAAAUCGAUGCCAAGCUUCUUCCAGCCGUCGGAAUACUCUAUCUACUGUCGUUCCUAGACCGUAGCAAUGUUGGAAAUGCAAGGAUUGAAGGAAUGGUCGACGACCUUAACAUGACUGGCAACCAGUACCUGACAGGAUUAACGCUCUACUUUAUCGGUUACGUCCUUUUUGAGAUUCCGUGCAACAUUAUUCUCAAGCGAACAACUCCUAGGCUUUGGCUACCGACACUCACAAUCGCCUGGGGCAUCGUUGCAACACUCUUGGGUGUGGUCCAGAACCUGACAGGAUUUUUGAUUGCCCGUUUCUUCCUCGGAGUCACCGAAAGUGGGCUUUUCCCCGGAGUCGUCUUUUACUUUUCCAUGUGGUAUAAACGACGUGAGAGACAAUACCGAAUCUCUCUUUUCUUCAGUGCGGCAUCUCUUGCAGGAGCUUUUGGAGGGAUCCUCGCAUAUGGAAUCGGAAAAAUGGCUGGCGUGGUGUGGGAAAAUGGUUGGCGGUGGAUUUUUAUUCUUGAAGGAAUUGCAACAGUUCUUGUGGCUGUGGCAGCAUUUUGGUUCAUCGAGAACUAUCCAAGCACCUCUCGAUUUCUGACUACCGCAGAACGGCAAUUCAUCCAGACCCGACUCGCAGCCGACAGCGAUUCCACUCACGACGAACAGUUCAGUUGGGAUGCAGUCCUUCAAGCCUUUCGCGAUCCCAACUGCUGGCUUUACGGGCUGGGCUUCCAUACUAUGAGCCUGCCUCUUUACACGCUGUCUCUUUUCUUGCCUACUAUUAUCAAAGACCUCGGAUACACCGCAGCCAAGGCGCAGCUUCUUACCAUUCCUCCCUAUGCUGUUGCGUUUGUUACGACUCUUAGCGUUGCGGUUGCCUCUGAAAAGCUUGGAAAGCGAGCCGUCUUUAUUGCUGGGUCCUCGGCUGUUGCAUCGAUCGGGUAUAUCCUGCUGCUAGCAAACACCGAUCCCACAGGCCGACCAGGAAUGUCCUACGCUGGAACUUUCUUUGCUGCUGCUGGAAUCUAUCCUGCUACUGCUUUGGUGCUGUCUUGGCCGGCGAUAAACGUCUCUGGGCAGACGAAACGCGCCAUUGGUAACGCGAUGCAGAUUAGUAUCGGCAACCUCGGUGCUGUUAUGGGCACUCAGCUUUAUCGCUCAGGGGAUGGGCCAAGAUUCAUUGUCGGCCACUCGAUGGCAUUGGCCUACCUGAUUGCAAAUAUUGUAGUAGUGACCUUUUUGGGAUGGAGGUUGAGGAAGGAGAAUGAGAGGAGGGCCGAUUUGGCACCCGAGAUUACCGAUGUCGGGGAGGUAAAGGACUGGGAGGGAGAUGGAGAUGUCAGGUGGAGAUAUGAGUGGUGA